CUGUUGCGCGUCAUUUCCGGCACUCGCGCGGCCGUCUUCCUUAUCGCGCCUGGGAAUUUAGGCUGGUGAGGCGACUCUGAGGAGAGGGAGUAUUGCUGAGGUGAUGGAAGAGAAUGUGGUCGUUAGCAACAUGGAGAGAAAGAGUGAAAAGUCUGUGGGUGUUGUUGCAGUCGUGACUGAGCCUCGGUUUACCCAGCGAUGCAGGGAAUAUCUCGAGAAACAGAAACUCUUUGAUCGACAGCACCGUGUGGAAAAGAUGCCGGAUGGCUCAGUGGCGCUUCCGGUGCUGGGAGAGACGUUUCCAGAGCAGUACCUGCAGGAGCUGAGGAAUCGUGUUGCCCCAGGCAGUGCCUGUAUGCUGACGCAGCUCCCUGAUCCUGUUCCUUCAAAGAGGGCCCAGGGUUGUUCACCUGCCCAAAAAUUGUGUGUUGAGGUGAGUCGCUGGGUAGAGGGCCGGGGAGUCAAGUGGUCAGCCGAGUUGGAGGCUGAUUUGCCCCGAUCAUGGCAACGGCAUGGUAAUCUCUUGUUGCUGAGUGAAGACUGUUUCCAAGCCAAGCAGUGGAAAAAUCUGGGACCGGAACUCUGGGAGACCAUUGCCUCCGCACUUGGCGUCCAGCGUUUGGCAAAACGAGGGCGGGUAUCACCGGAUGGCACUCGAACUCCAACAGUGACGCUGCUGCUGGGUGACCAUGGUUGGGUAGAGCAUGUGGAUAAUGGUAUCCACUAUAAAUUUGACGUGACCCAGUGUAUGUUCUCCUUCGGAAACAUCACUGAGAAGCUUCGAAUGGCAUCACUGUCCUGUGCUGGAGAAGUGCUGGUGGAUCUCUAUGCAGGGAUUGGUUAUUUUACGUUGCCCUUCCUAGUUCAUGCUGGUGCUGCUUUUGUCCAUGCUUGUGAAUGGAAUCCCCAUGCUGUAGUUGCUCUGAGAAAUAACCUUGAGAUCAAUGGAGUAGCAGAUCGGUGCCAAAUACAUUUUGGAGAUAACAGAAAACUGAAGCUCUCAAAUAUUGCAGAUAGGGUCAUCCUGGGGCUGCUUCCCAGCUCUGAAGAAGGCUGGCCCAUUGCCUGCCAAGUGCUGCGGCAGGAUGCUGGGGGCAUUUUGCAUAUCCACCAAAACGUGGAAUCUUUCCCAGGGAAAAAUCUUCAGCCUUUUGGGGUCAGCAAAAUAGAGAAAGAGCAUUGGUCUUAUCCUCAGCAAACUGUCACCAACCAGUGGAAAAAUGGAGCUACCAGGGAUUCUAGGAGAAAAAUGCUGUCACCAGCCACCAAACCAGAGUGGCAGAUGUGGGCAGAAUCUGCAGAAACUCGAAUCGCCACCCUUCUUCAGCAGGUGCAUGGGAAACCAUGGAAGACACAAAUUCUGCACAUCCAACCAGUGAAAUCCUAUGCACCCCAUGUGGAUCACAUAGUCCUGGAUCUGAAAUGCUGCCCCUGUCCUUCAGUUGGCUAGAGGAGGUGGAUCCUGGGACACAAGGGGUCCAUGUGCGAGUGGCCCUUAAUGUAUCAGUUCAGUCCAGGUUGUCAUCCCUUUUGUCCCCUGGUGAUUGUUUUUAACAUUUUGUAGUCCUGAAAGCAGGCUCUAGAUCAAUUCAAAUGAUUUUAUUUGUCUUCCAUUGAUAACAUAGAAAAUGAAAUACCUAUUUGGGAGAAGUAGCAUGGCCCAUUGAAAUGAGGCUCAUCUAUGCAAUUAUAAAUUACAAAUUCUGACCUCAGUUCUGACAUUGAGGUUUCAGUAUGUUUUGGCCUUGGAUUUCGUUAUUUGCAAAAUGAGAGUUUCUUUGAACUCUCUCAAGUAGCUAUUUAUUAAGCAGCUAUACCCAGGACAUUGGUUAUUUUAGAGUGAAAGACACAGUACUUUUUCCAAAUUUCUCUGGUUUCAAUAUAGAAAAUUAGCUGGAGGAGGGCCAAGAUGGAAGCAGGGAGACCAGUGAGGAGGCUUCUGUGGUUGUCCAGGUCUGAGGUGUUGGUAACUUGGAUUAGGGUGGUGGUAAUGGGAGAUAGAUGGAUAUGAGAAAUAAAAUUGACAGGACCAAGCAAAGGAAUCAGAAUUAAGUCAUUAACAUGAUGCUGCUUUGUUAUUAUGACUGACUAAAUUAGGGAGAGAAGGCCCUUCUCUUGCAACAAUGGCAGUAAGGACAGGUUGGUGCUGUUUGUGUUAUUCAACAAAUAUUAAGUGCCUACUAUAUACAAAAGCCACAGAAACAUAAACAUCCAUUAGAGAGAGUUCCUGUCUCUGAGGAACCCACAACCUAGCAGCAGAAAUAACACAUAUACUGAAAGACUUGGAGUGCAGUAAGGUAAGUGCCAUGAGUGACAGCAUGUUGUAGGAAUCCAAAGGUGGGAAAGAAGAGUUCUCAGAACUGAAUAGAGAAGUCUUCAGAGAGGCAGUGUUUGAUUUGGCUCAUGAAAAUUGGGCAAGACUUUGAUGGAUAGUUUGGGAGUAGAAAAAGGCACUAGUAGAAGAGAAUAACAGAUGCAAAAUUAGAAUCCUCAGAAAAUGGUAUGUUGUCAUUAGAUAAGUUUGGAACAGAGGAAGCAGUUAGAGAUGUGUUGAAGAUGGGGGUUGUUAUAAGGAUUAAAAAGCACUGUGUCUUGUACACAGUAAUCCCCUAGGGAGAUGUUAGCCAGCAUGUGAUCCCACCACAAAGAAAAAAAACAGCCUGCUUAUUUCCAUUUCCAUCUCACAGAGUGGCCUCCCUGUGUUACCUUAAUCAUCUCCUCUUUUACAUAGUGGGUUUUUCCUCACUUUUGUGCCCACAGCUUGCUCUCCUCAAACUAAUGCUAAAGAUACCAACCUGGAGGUUGAGCCAAUAUGGGAAAGGAGGAGUCCCGACAACCAUAUUCAGGAGUCUCUCUCUCUCUCUCUCUCUCUUUUUCUAUAUAUAUAUAUAUAGACAUAUAUGUCAGUAUAGGCUGUGUGUUUACAGUGAUGAAACACUGACAUGGCUUUACCCCUCCUACCCUCACUUUCCCCUUUAAAUACUGAAGCCCCCAAAAUCCUCUUUGGAAAAAGUGUGGGCUACAGAUCCUUUUUCCCAUGUGUGUCCUCAACCUUGGCAAAAUAAACCUCUAAACUGACUGGGACCUGUGAGGGGUUGCUGUAAGUCUGGCCUACUUGAGGCAGAAUGCAAUUAUUUUCAAAAGUCAUUCACUGAUUAAUUAGGACAUACUGUGUACUCUCUCCAUUAAGCACUGUGCUUGGAGCCAGUGACAUAGAGAUGAAUAAAACUGAGUCCUGCCUGCAUGGGAUCACUAUCUGGUGACAUGGAUCCAGAGAAAACAAUGUCAAUGCUGUUUACUAAAUGCUUAGAUAGAAAUAGACAAGGGUUUUUAUGGGCACACAUAGGAAAGGCAGCCACCCUCAUUUGAGGAUCUGGGUUGAGAACUGGACAGGGUGACUGGGAAGGUGGGAGCAGGGAUGCCUAAGCAAAGGAGUGUUAAAGAAUGAGCAGGAGUUAAUGUGUGAAUGGAAGCAAAUAAGCCUCCCUUAAGCUUUUUCUCUACUUAAGCAUGUUCAUUUACCUUACAGUUUUCUUUGAGAACUUGCUGGAUUGCCCUGGUUGGGAAGAGGCAUCUUAUGGAACCAAGGAAAAAAGACUGAAGGGUUCAGGAGGCUCGUGGGGUUCUUAUCAUCUCAGUCCAGCAAUUGGUAUAAGCUCCCAUGAAAUUUGUAAAGGCUUCCCAUGCAAGCUUCACUAUUAGUUGCCAGUCAGUGCAGCCACUUGAAGAGAUAUAGUGAUUUUAAAAAAAAUAGUAAUUUUAAAAAACUCCCUCAAACUUGAGCUGCUUUAGUUUUGUGAUUCAAAAAAAAUUACAUGAGUGUACUAAUAUAUGAAUACAAUAUGUGCCUUUGAAAUACACAAACAGGCCAGUUGUGGUGGCUCAUGCCUGUAAUCCCAGCAGUUUAGGAGGCUGUGGUGGGUGGAUCACUUGAGGUUGGAAGUUUGAGACCAGCCUGGCCAAUAUGGCAAAACCCUAUCUCUACUAAAAAUAUGAAAAUUAGCCAGGUGUGGUAGUGGGGUCCUGUAAUCCCAGCUACUUGUGAGGCUGAGGCAGGAGAAUCACUUGAACCCAGGAGGCAGAGGUUGCAGUGAGCCGAGAUCAUGCCACUGUACUUCAGCCUGGGUGACAGAGCAAGACUCGGUCUCAAAAACAAAAAACAAACAAAACCAUACAUUAACAGAAAUUAAAAAUGGUAAGAAACAAAUAGGAUUUAAAUUUCAUUUUUUUCUACCCUGGGCACACGUGACAAAAUCCAAUAUACGUUGUUCUGAACAGCCUCAGGGUACAGCAACUGUAUAUUGCAGAAGCUGUAAAACUAGUCAUUUUCAAACUAAAUGAUUAUUUAAAAUGAGGACAACUAUUUAAACAUGUUUGAAAUAAACAUCCAACCCUGUUCACUUGAGAAACAGUUUGGCAGUUUCUCAAAAUGUUGAACAUAGAGUUAUCAUAUGACCCAGCAGUGGACUGACCAAAUAAAUAAGACAUAUGUGAUAGAGGUAUAUAUACCAAAGAAAAUGCAAACAUAUGGCCACACAAAGGCUUGUACAUGAAUAUUUAUAGCAGCUUUAUUCAUAAUAACCAAAGUGUGGAAACAACCCAAAAGUCCAUCAACUGAUGAAUGAGUAAACAAAAUGUCCUCUCUAUACAAUGGAAUCUGUAAAAAGGAUUGCAGUACUGACACAUGGUUUCUAGAUGAACCUUGAAAACAUUAUGCUGAGUGAAAGAAUCCAAUCACAAAAGGCCAUUCAUUGUGUGGUCCCAUUUAUAUGAAAUGACCAGAAUAGGCAAAUCUAUAGAAACAGUAAGUUCCCAGGGGCUCUGGGGAGUGGAGAAUGGAGAAUGACUGCUAAUAGGUACUGGGUUUCUUUUGUGGGAAGAUGAAAAUUUUCUGAAAAUAGAUGGUGGUGGUGAUUACACAACUCUGCAAUAUGUGAACCAGCCAUUUAGUUGUAUAUUUUAAAAGGGUGAAUUUCCCUACUUGCUUCAGCUAAAUAUACACUAAAAGGGUAAAUUUUGUAGUAUGUGAAUUAUAUCUCAGUAAAGAUGUUUAAAAAACAACAAGGAAAGAACUUGGAAACACCUCCUACAGGAAGGAACACCAGAGCUGCAUUUUAUUAUUUUUUGGGUCUUGCUUUGUCGCCCAGGCUGGAAUGCAGUGGUGUAAUCACUGCAGGCUGGACCUGGUGGCUAAUACCUGUAACUCCAGCUCACACCUGUAAACUUUCGGAGACCAUGGCGGGCGGAUCACCUGAGGUUGGGUGUUCUAGACUAGCCUGGCCACCAUGAUGAAACCCCGUCUCUACUAAAAAUACAAAAAUAAGCUGGGCUUGGUGGUGGGUGCCUGUAGUCCCAGCUACUCAGGAGGCUGAGGCAGGAGAAUCGCUUGAACCUGGGAGGCAGAGGUUGCAGUGAGCCAACAUAGUGCCACUGCACUCCAGCCUGGGUGGCAGAGUGAGACUCUGCCUCAAAAAAAAAAAAAAAAAAAAAAAAAAAAUUAGCCAGGUGUGGUGGCAGACACCUGUAAUCCCAGCUACUCAGAAAGCUGAAGCAGGAGAAUCACUUGAACCCAGGAGGCAGAGGGUGCAUCAAGCAAAGAUCUCACUACUGCACUGUAGCCUAGGUGACAGACUGAGACUGUUUCAAACAAAGAGGCUCACUUGCAGCUUUGACCUUCCAGGCUCAAAUGAUCCUCCUGCCCCAGUAGCAGCCUCCCCAACCUCCACCCUCCCAGGAUCAAGCAAUUCUCCUGCCUGAGCCACCCGAGUAGGUGGAGUUACAGGUGUGCCCCACCAUGCCCUACCAAUUUUUGUGUUUUUAGUGGAGAUGGGGUUUCCACUAUGUUGGCCAGGCUGGUCUUGAACUCCUGACCUCAAGUGAUCCACCCACCCCAGCCUCCCAAAAUGCUUGGAAUACAGGUGUGAGCCAAUGUGCCCAGUCAUAAUUUUUUAAUUAUAAAAUUACAGGUCUCACUAUGUUGUCCAGACUGAUCUCGAACUCUAGGGAUCAAGUGAUCCUCUAACCUCAGCCUCCCAAAGUGCUGGGAUCACAGGCAUGAGCUAUGGUGCCUGUCCUAGAGGUGAAUUUUAAAUUUGAAUAGGAUCAACCAGGUAAAGGUAGCAGUGAAAGCCCCUUAACCUCUUCUCCAAGAUAAGCUAUUUGUCUCAUUGAAACUUUCUCUUGACUAUCACAGUUACCAUUGUGCAUUUCCUGUAGGCCCUUCUCCAGAUUCUCCAAGUUGUUCCCAAUAACCUUUUCACUGGGGGCCAGAAUUGACUCACAGUAUCCAUCUCAAUUCUUCUUUUUCUUAAAAAAGAAAAGCUGGGGCCAGGCGUGGUGGCUCACGCCUGUAAUCCCAGCACUUUGGGAGGCAGAGGCGGGUGGAUCACAAGAGAUCGAGACCAUCCUGGCCAACAUGGUGAAACCCCGUCUCUUAAAAAAAAAAAAAAAAGAGAGAGAGAGAAGCUGGAAAACUAAAGUACUGAAUUUCCCAGCCUCUCUUGCACAGAUAGUGGCCGUGUGAAUCAGUUCUGGAAAGGAGCUGCAGACAGAGGUCUUCAGGGAGGGCUUUGGGUCUCUGACCCUUGAGAUAUAGCAGCCAUCUCUCCAAGCAUGCUAAGACUGGCAGAGCGGCACUGUAGGCCUCUGAUUUCUUAAGGGGAUCCUUGAUCAGCUACACAGCCCUGAAAUGUCUCUGAACUUGUCAUAUGAAAAAUAAUAACCUGCAACUCCACCCCCAAACCUAUUUAAGUCACUGUGGGAAUUUCUUUAUAACUUACAGGCCAGAAACAUUUCUACCUGAUAUUCUGAGUACUGGAUUAACCAAAUAAAUGAAACAUAUAUAAUAGAGGUGAGUAAAUAAAAACCGAGCAGGAAUGCUCACAGAGCUCAUACCACCCAAAACAGGGCAUUUUGAAAUAAAUUCUUUUUUUCAGAUGUUUCAACUGUUAAUGCUUCCAUCUAGUGGAAAUGUUGUGGAAAUAAAAACUUUAUUCAGCCUUAAGAUUACUUUA